UGCUAACUCACCUUUUAACCAAGCAAGUAGAUUCAGUGAUUAUCUGCUAUAUAAAGGACUUUUAUAUGUAACUGACCCCAGAGAGUCACGUUCUUAGACUUUAUGUUAGACCGUGUUUUUCUAAACACAGGAGUUACCCAGAACUCAUAAAGUGGUUUGAUGACAGCCAUCCUCUGCUGAAUGUGACCAGAACAAAAGCAAUGUGACUCAGUGGUGGCCAGAGCUCGUCAAACCCCUGAUUCAAGCCAGCUGCAGGUGGUUAAUGAACAGGAGGAGCAGCAGACUACAGAAACCACGUGUUUAGAGUUUCCACCAAUCGGACAAGUCGCCGUCAUCUCACCGGAAAUUGUCGGCAUGAUGAAGAAGAUGAUGGUUAACCAAAACGGAAGAAAGGCCGGCUGUAUAGCACCCUGAUUGACCUAAACAUGAUCGGGUGGAAACAGCACGUUUCACUGCCUGUAGCAGCAGGCGCUCUCCUGGUGGGCCUACCGUACUCCAUCUCACUCAUGGCCCAGUGGAUGUAUGGCUGGCCCAAUGAGCCUGGCUACAAGAAGUACAUCGAAGCUCUGAAACCAAGGCGAAUAUACUGUUUGACCAGAGCGGUGCUGGAGUCACUCAAAUACCUGCAGUAUGGGAAGCUUUACUUUCAGUGGAAGACGUGGUACAAGAAUGACGAUAACCAUGAGCAUUAUGAAAAGGGCAUCACUUUCGGCCGUCGAGGCAACAAGCUGGACUUGUACUACCCCCCGGCGGCGUGCAGGUCUGGAGAUAUGCCCGUGCCCCUGGUGGUCUUCAUCUACGGCGGGGCGUGGGGCUCUGGAGAAAGGUCCAUUUACUGUCUACUGGCCAGGCACAUGGCUGAGGAGCUGAGCGCAGUCGUCAUUUGUCCUGACUACUGCACCUACCCCAAGGGGAACGUUUUAGCAAUGGUCCAAGAUAUUGCUGACUGCUUAGUUUGGGCACAAGAGAGCGGACAGAAGUUCAACUUUGACAAAGGAAACAUCGUCUUAAUCGGCCAUUCAGCUGGUGCACAUUUGUGUGCAUUGACCACUUUCUUUCUGAUUGACAGUAGAGAAGAGCUUUUCAUAGAGUCCAGCAAGCAGCAGGAGAUCACGCAGGCAAUAAGAGGAGUUAUAGGUUUGAGCGGUGUCUACAACAUCAUGGACCAUUACAAGCACGAACAGAUGCGAGCCGUUGAGUACGUCUCCACCAUGCACAAAGCUAUGAAUGGAGUGGAGAACUUCCCUUACUACUCCCCCACACACUUACUGAAGACGUUCAACCAGGAAAAGCUCAAAAGAGUGCCACCCUUUGGCUUGCUCCAUGGAACCAGUGACAUUAUUGUUCCUGUAGAGUCUUCGACAAAGUUUUCUGAGCUCCUCACCUCGCUGUCCGUCAAGGUGUCGCUGUACCUGCUGCCUAAAGUCGACCACACUGAAAUGGUCACCGACAUAAUGGCAUCGGACAGGCGUUUCUACCAUACCGUCUACACUUGCAUCAAACAGGAGUACAGAAAACUUGUGGGAGCCUCUUGAAGUCCCACCAGUUCUGUCAAAACUCCAGAAAACCCACUGUUACUAAUAUUUUGUUACACUCCUGCUUUGUUUGAAGUAUCUGCACUAAAAGCCAUGUUUCUCCAAUUGAUUUCCCUCACUUUAUAUUCCAUAAUAACGUCUCUUUUACUGAAUAUUUGGUGCUACAUGGUCCAUGUUUGUAAUUCAGCGUGAAUGUCUCAUUUUUGUGUGAUUGAAAUGUAUAAUGCAUAUUCUUUGAAACUUGAAUUUUUCCUCAAAUGACUGUAAUCUGUAUGGAUCCUUUUAUAAAUGAAAUGUUGUAUGAAGUACAUUGUGAUUGGUCAGGAUUAUGUGAAACCACAAUAACAUUAACAUGGGACUCUGCAGGAGUCUGCUGCAAGUCUGCCUUAUUUAUAACUACAACCUGUCUUGAAGACUCAUGACAUUUGGUUUCUUGACGUUGAUUUGUAUCCAUUUUUAAUCUUUUCUGCUUUAUCCCAACAUCUUGUUAUGACUAUUUAUUGAUUCAUUGAAAGUAUUGAAAUACUAAAGCCACCAGAAGGAAACUGGGAAGCGUU